AAACUAUCGUGUUUGCUUGCCCGUUGGACGGUCUCUCUCUCUCUCUCUCUCAUAAGUCAUAGCAUCAAACAAACAGCAUAAAAAGCAAGCUAACAGCAAAGAGAAAGAGAAAAAGCGAGUUUCAGAGAGCCGAAUACAGAUCUACCAAACAUGGGUUAGACUUGCUAAGGAACAUCAAAACAUGCAGUUAAUCAGAGAACAAAGAAUUUCUCGUUUCUUUCACAUAUUAUGAAGAUAGUGGCGCUUUUUUAUACAUAAAGUAUACUCAUCAGAUACGAGGAGUGAGACCCCAGAAGCUUUACACUAGUCAUCCGUGUUUCACUGAUUAGCAUUUGGUCGAAUACAUCCAGUUCUUAUAUCUUUAUUAUUUGGAGGAUUUUGGUUUCCUAUAAUCAGAACUAGAAAGUAGUAGCGUUAUUGGAUCGAGUCAUGGCAGCUGUGUCGCACGGAGAUUCUAAACGCAAGUAUUCCUGGUGGUGGGACAGCCACAUAAGCCCCAAAAACUCAAAAUGGCUUCAGGAAAAUCUUACAGAUAUGGAUUUAAAAGUAAAACAAAUGAUUAAGCUUAUAGAAGAGGAUGCAGAUUCUUUUGCAAGGAGGGCAGAGAUGUAUUAUAAGAAACGCCCAGAGCUUAUGAAAUUGGUUGAAGAAUUUUACAGAGCAUAUCGUGCCUUGGCUGAAAGAUAUGAUCAUGCGACUGGAGCGCUCCGUCAGGCACAGCGAACAAUGGCAGAAGCAUUUCCCAACCAAGUCCCUUUCAUAUUGACUGAUGAUUCACCUGCAGGUUCUGCUGAUGGUGAGCCCCGUACACCAGACAUGCCACCAAUACGUGCACUUUUUGAUCCUGACGAAUUGAAAAAUGACGCUUUGGGAAUCUCUCCAUCUUACUCCCAUGCUUUAAAGAGGCUCGGAGCUUUUACUGAAGAAUCUGAUUCUGUUCCUGUCAGAAAGAGUUUGAAACAGUUCAAUGAUUUGUUGGGGACCGGAGAAGCAAGGGCAAGAAAAGGCCUUAGUUUUCACGAUGCUGAAGAGAACGAUCAUGGUGUGCAAGACAAUGACAAAAAUGAUAUCAAGUCUCGAGUUCCAUCUGAUUCUCAGCGAGUGGGUAAAGCUGAGCUGGAAAUUGCAACCCUAAAGGACACUCUUGCUAAAUUAGAAGCUGAAAAGGAGGCUGGCCUGCUCCAGUACCAACAGAGUUUGCAGCGAUUGUCUAAUCUGGAGUCAGAAGUCUCUCGCGCAAAAGAGGAUUCCAAAGGGCUUAAUGAACGAGCCAGCAAAGCUGAAGCUGAAGUACAAACUUUGAAGGAAGCCCUCACUAAACUAGAGGCUGAAAGGGAAGCUAGUUUGCUUCAAUACCAGCAGUGCUUGGACAAAAUAACUAAUCUGGAGAACAUAAUCUCCCACACCCAGAAGGAUGCAGGGGAACUCAAUGAGCGUGCUAGUAAAGCUGAAGUUGUGGUUCAGUCACUUGAGCAGGAACUGGCUAACUUAGAAGCUGAAAAAGAAGAAUUUCUUUAUCAGUACAAAGAGUGUCUGGAGAAGAUAUCUGAUCUGGAGGGCAAAUUAUUGCAUGCUGAGGACGAUGCCAGGAAGUGUUAUGAACGUGCUGAUAAAGCUGAAAGGGAAAUUGAAACCUUGAAGGAAAUGCUAGCCAAGCUGACUGACGAGAAUGAAGCUGCUGCUACACAGUACCAGAAGUGCUUGGAUACGAUUUCAAGCUUGGAGCAGAAACUUGCUUUUGCCCAGGAGGAGGCCCAAAGGCUUAAAUCUGAGGUAGAUGAUGGGGUUGUGAAGUUGAAGGGUGCUGAAGAAAAGUGUCUUCUGUUGGAGAGAUCAAAUAAUACUAUGCACUCUGAAUUGGAGUAUUUGGCACAGGAAAUGUCUGCUCAAAGUGAAGAACUUACGGAGAAGCAGAAGGAGUUGGGGAGACUGUGGACUUGCAUACAGGAAGAGCGCUUGCGAUUUGUGGAGGCUGAAACUGCUUUUCAGACUUUGCAGCAUGUGCACUCUCAAUCUCAGGAAGAACUGAGAUCUAUGGCUGCAGAGCUUCAGAAUAGGGCUCGGAUUUUGCAGGACCUAGAAGCUCGUAAUCAGAGUUUGCAGCAUGAAGUUGAGCAGGUCAAGGUAGAGAACAAAGGCCUAAGUGAAGUCAACUUAUCUUCAAAUUUGACGAUACAAGAUUUGCAAGAGGAGAUUUCAAACUUGAGGCAGACAAUAGGAAGGCUUGAAGCAGAGGUAGAACUUCGACUGGACCAAAGAAAUGCUCUUCAGCAAGAAAUUUACUGUCUGAAGGAGGAACUAAAUGACAUAAAUAAGAAAAACCAGGCUAUCAUGGACCAGGUGGAUUCAGUUGGCUUGAGUCCAGAGUGCCUUGGGUCAUCUGUGAAGAGUUUGCAGGAUGAGAACAUAAAGUUGAAAGAGGUUUGUGUGAGAGAGACAGACCAAAAUGUAGCUCUUUUGCAAAAGCUGGAGAUCAUGGAGAAACUUGCAGAGAGAAAUGCUCUUUUAGAGAAUUCAUUAUCAGAGUUGAAUGUCGAGCUGGAAGGGGUGAGAGAGAAGGUGCGGGUAUUAGAAGAAUCCUGUCAAUCUCUCUUAGAAGAGAAAUCCACUCUUGUUUCUGAGAAAGUCACUUUAGUUUCCCAGCUACAGGUUGCAACUGAUAACGUUGAGAAACUUACGGAGAAGACCAACUUUCUGGAGAAUUCCCUUUUUGAUGCAAAUGCGGAAGUUGAGGGGUUGAGGAUAAAAUCAAAGAGCCUACAAGAUUUAUGUAUGUUGCUCGACAAUGAGAAGUCUGAUUUAGCUACUGUGAAAGGAAAUUUAAUGUCUCAGUUGAACAUAACUCAGAAAAGACUGGAAGAUCUGGAGAAAAAUUAUAGGGACUUGGAAGAGAAAUGCUCCACUUUGGAGGAAGAGAGAGAAUCCACACUUCAUGAAAUAGAAGAAUUAUACGUUCGCUUAAAUGCCCAAAAGCAAGAACAUGCUAGUCUUGCCCAGUUGAGUGAGUCCCAAUUGGCUGGUAUGGCAACGCAGGUCCGUAUGCUACAAGAAGAAGGCCAGUGCAUAAAGAAAGAACAUGAAGAAGAACUCGACAAAGCCUUUUAUGCUCAGACAGAGAUUUUCAUUUUGCAGAAAUGCAUGCAAGAUCUGGAAGAACAUAAUUCUUCCCUUUCCAUUGAGCGUCAAAAACUCCUGGAGGAAUCUAAACUGUCAGAGAAACUGAUUUCUGAACUGAAGCAUGAAAAUCUAGAACAAGAAGUGGAAGUGAAAUCUUUGUAUGAUAAAAUUGAAGUGCUAAGGGUUGGUCUUUAUAGGGUGCUGAAGACUCUUGGACUGGAUGGGAAACAAGGGUGUGAAGACAAGGCUGAGCAAGAUCAAAUGCUUCUGAAUUAUGCUCUUGACAAGCUUCUAGAAACGCAAAGAUUUCUCUUGGAGAUGCAAGAUGAAAAUCAACAAUUGGGCAUUGAGAAUACUAUUCUGGUUACUCUGCUUGGGGAGCUGCAAUGGGAGUUGGCAAAUCUUACGGCAGCUAAAAACACCCUUGAUCAGGAGUUGGCAAGCAGGUCUGAGCAGUUCUUGGUUUUGCAUGGUGAGAGCCAAAAACUUGCAGAUGUUAACGAAGAAUUGAGUUUGAAGAUAAUAGAGGGAGAACACAAGGAGGAAACUUUGAAGGCUCAGCUAAAGACUAUGCAUGGACAGCUCUUAGAUUUGCAAGGAGAUUGCCAGAAUUUGCAAAAAGAGAACUGCAAGCUGGUUGAUGAGCAAAGAUUGCUAAUGAAAUCACUCUCAGACUUGGGAGAAGAGAAAUGCAAUUUAGAAGAUGAGAAUUUUACCAUUUUUGCUGAAACACUAUCAUUAAGUACCAUUUCUCUGAUUUUCAAGGAUAUCAUCUCUGAAAAACAUUCAGAAAUAAAGGAACUUAGUGAAAAUCUGGAUAAACUUCAUGUUGUCAAUAAUGGCCUUGAUGAGAAGGUGAAGAUAAUGGAGGGGAAGUUAUUAGAGCUUAGUAUCAUAAAGGAUGAGAAAAGAGAGUUGUAUAAAAUGGUGGAGGACCUAAAGUGCAAGCGUGAUGAGGUUGAGUUGAUACGAGCAGAUCAAGAAAAGCAGAUCAUCAAACUAUCUGGGGAUUGUGAUGAACAAAGUAAGGAGAUAGAAUGCAUUCAGAAAGCAAAUUGGGAAAUGAAGGCUGAACUGGGGAAAUUGAAUGGAGAACUUUUAGAAACUAAGGUCAGGGAGGAAAUAUUGAAUCGUGAACUGCAAAAAGGAAGAAAUGAAGCUGAAUGGUGGGAGUCUCAGGCCGUUGCACUUUUUGGCGAACUGCAGAUAUCUGCUGUCCAACAAGCACUUUUUGAAGGAAAGGUUCAUGAGCUCAUUGAAUUAUGUGAGAACCUUGAAGGCAGAAAUUGUUUGAAAGCUGAGGAGAUUGACCAGAUGAAAGAAAGGGUCAGCACCUUGGAACAUGAGAAUGAAGAACUGAAGUCUCAGAUGACUUCAUAUGUCCCAGCUUUCAUUUCUUUGACGGAUUGUAUAGCCUCUCUGGAAAAUCAUACACUCUCACAUCCAACAUUGCAUGAACACAAGGAAGCGAAGGAUACCCCAUUUGUGGUGCAUGCUGAAAGCUGUCAACGGAUUUGUGAUGACCAAACUGCCAUGGGACAAGGAGGACUUUUGGAAGUGGAGGGUUUGCGAAUGAGGAUUAUAGCUAUUCAAGAAGCUGUAGAAGAAAGGGAGAGGUUUGUUAUUCUGGAAAAAUCCGAGGCUUAUUCCAAACUUGCGGAAGCAAUUAGACAGAUUGAAGAGUUGAAAUCCAGAAGCAGCUUACAUGAAGAAGCUGUUGUUUCAAGCAAGAAAGGGAAUCAGAAUCCAGAGGACAAAGGACUGGGAUCUGCGGCUUAUUAUAAUCUCAGGCUUCAGAAGCCAACACAUGAAACCUCUGAAGAGGGCAGUGAGGUGAUGACGAAAGACAUAAUGCUUGAUCAGAUAUCUGAGUCUUCAUCGUACGGGAUCAGUAGAAGGGAUACUCCAGAAGCUGAUGCUCCGAUGCUUGAAAUAUGGCAAACUACAGAACAGGAUGCCGCUAUUGACCUCACUGUUGGAAAGGCUCAGAAGCAGACCGCUGCAUCGACUGAGAAGAAGGGCAAGAAGGAGCUUACUUCUAUGGAAUCAAUGGUUGAGAAGGAUGUUAGUGUGGACAAGUUAGAGAUCUCAAAGAGAUUGUCAGGGUCUCGUCAAGAUGUGAAUGAGAGGAAAAUUCUAGAAAGACUUGAUUCUGAUGCUCAAAAGUUAACUAAUCUUCAAAUAACUGUGCAAGACUUGAAGAGGAAGGUAGAGAUCACAGAAAAGAACAAGAAGGGAAAAGGAAAUGAAUAUGAUAGCGUGAAAGAGCAGUUGGAAGAAUCUGAGGAGGCCAUCACAAAGAUGUUUGAAGUGAAUCUUCAAUUAAUGAAGAGCAUUGAAGAUGAGCAAUUGUCCAUUGAUGAGAAAUCUGCAUUAGCAUCGGAUGAGAAUGGAAGUGCCAGAAAGAGAAGGAUUUCGGAACAGGCAAGAAGAGGGUCUGAAAAAAUUGGGCGGUUGCAAUUGGAGGUUCAGAAACUGCAAUUUCUUUUGCUGAAACUUGAUGAGGAAAACAAAAGCGGGGGAAAAACCAAAAUCAUAGAAAGUAAAACAAGAGUUCUACUGCGAGAUUAUUUGUAUGGCGGGACAAGAACAAGCCAGAAGAAAAAGAAAAGGCAUUUCUGCGCAUGCGUGCAACCUCCCACUGAAGGGGAUUGAGAAAAAUCACAUUCCAUCGGCAUAAAAUUGGUAUAGGUCAAGCUCAAGGUUAAAUCAAGACAUCUAUAGUUGAUUUGUGCAUAAUUUUCCUUAGAAAUCUUCUACAUAAUUGAUUAUUAUCCCUGUUUGCUUAAGAAGGGAAUCGAGUACUUUUUAGUUUAGAGAUCGUGUUGUACAUGACGGGCGUGCUGUUCUUUUUAACAAUUAUUUUGAUAAAAAAUUAUUUUUACGUUCUCGAA